AUGGAUCUCCUUGUUUUGGUCUUCUUCCUGCUUUGGACGUGGAUUGAAUUUAAGGUGCCUAUCAGUGUUCACUAUGAUCACGGCAUUUCCAAGUCAAACUUGCUUCAAGCUCUUGAAGCGGGAUUUGAUUCAGUCAUGGUGGAUGGUUUCCAUCUAACUUUAGGGGAGAACAUCUUAUACACAAAGAGCAUAUCUUCCUUGGCUCAUGCAAAAGGUUUACUUGUGGAAGCUGAGUUGGGUAGGCUCUCAGACUCUGAAGAUGGCCUGACCGUUGAAGAAUAUGAAGCAAGAUUUACUGAUGUUGUCCAGGCCGAGGGAUUUAUUGAUGAGACAAGCAUUGAUGCUCUAGCAGUUUGCAUUGGAAAUGUUCAUGAAAAAUAUCCACCUAGUGGACCAAACCUCAUAUUUGAAUUUUAG